AUGAAACCAAUCGCCCUCUCCAGCGCCGCACAGGCCCAGAUGAGCUUCACCGUGGAACGCGGCUCCCCGGCCCCCGCGGGGCUCCAGGGCCCAAGCCGCGACCUCGGCUCCUCCCCGGUCACCGAGCCCGAGUUCGAGACCUACCUCGACAUCCUGCAACUCGACGACGCCACCGCGUCCGUCGCGAAGGACAUGUACGAGGGCUUCCGAACCGAAGUCGCCGAACUCAACGCGAACUUCCGACAGGAAAUGUCGGACCUCGUCGCCGAAAUCCAGAAAACCGGCGACCACAGCGCGUUCAUCGAGAAAAUGGGACCGCUGCGCAAGGCCCGCAACAGCGGCCUCGAAUCCCUCCGCGACACCUUCCUCGGAGACCUCAAGCUCCUGCUCUCCGAAGAGCAGAUCGCCCGCUGGCCCCUGAUCGACCAGAGCCGCAGGCGCACCCGGAUCCAGUCCGACCUCAACGUGCACGGCGCCAACGUCGACCUCAUCGCACUCACGAACAGCACGCUCGACAACGUGCCCGGCACCGUCUCAGAAAAACUCGACACCUACGCGCGCAACCUCGACCGCAUGCUCCUGGACUACGUCGAAACGCGCGACAAGCAGCGUGAAGGCCUGCAGUUCCGCAUGGACAUCGACGAGGAGCAGCAGGAGAAGAUGCGAGAUCUCUCCGACAAGCUGCGCGAGAUCUCCAUCGACAUCCGAAGCCUCAACGACCGCACGCUCCGUCUCGUGACCACCGAACUCAACGCCGAAGAGUCCGAGGAACUCACCAACGCGUUCAAGCUCGCGGCGUUCCCGCAGGUCUACACCCCGAGCUACACCGACAACGCCCUCGAGUCCGCGCUCCGCAUGGGAUCGCUCGACGAUACCCAGCGCGAUCAGAUCCGAUCACUCGCCGGUGCGCACUCCCGAACCGCCGGCAACCUCAACACCCGCUGGGAGCGCGCCGUACGCGAAUCACAGGAAGAACCCGGGUCAGGAAUGUUCUUCAGCGGUCCGGGAGGCGAGGCCAUCGAGAUCGUCGUCGAGAUGGACAUCGAAGGCGAAGAGCGUGAGCCCUCGGACGUCGAGAAGGCCAUCGCCGCCCGCACCGAGCACGACGAGAAAACCCUCGCCCGACUCCGCGAACUCCUCAACGAGACCCAGCUCGCCGAGCUCCCCCCCGAGCCGAAGGAGUUCGACCCCUUCGACCCCGCCAACCUCCCCGAGGGCGCCAACGCCGUCUUCAUCUCCACCAUCGAGUCCGACGGCAGCGAGACCGUCACGGACGUCCAGGUCCUCACCCCCGCCGGCGACGACAUCGAACACUCGCUCGACGCGUCAAGCGCCGGGCGCGCGAAAGAGCCCGGUGCCAACGGUCACGCGCAAGCCAACGGGACCACGCAGCCACUCGAGCAACCCCCCGAGACCGACCGCGAGGCCACACGCCUCAUCUCGGCAGACGACGCCAUGCGCCUCCGCGCCGUCCCCGUCCGCAAGGACAACGGACGCCUCCUCGUCGCCAUGUUCGACACACGCGACGACCAGGCCGCCGACGAGCUCUCCGUCGUCUCCGGACUCCCCGUCUCGCGACUCGCCCUCACAGAGCAGGCCUUCAAGGACCUCCUCGAAUCCACCUACGGCACCACCGCCGCCGACAUCGCCAGCCGCCUCGCCAAGCCCGACGACGAAGGCGCCGACCUCGGCGCCAACCUCGAGGCCAUCGACGCCGAAGCCCUCCACCGCAUGGCGGAGCAGCCCACGCUCAUCAACCUCGUCAACCUCAUCAUCCUCGAGGCCGUCCGCUCCAGAGCUUCCGACAUCCACGUCGAACCCUUCGAAAAAGAACUCCGCGUCAAGUACCGCAUCGACGGCGUGCUCAUCGAGCAGUCCCCCCCGCCCAAGAACCUCCAGCCCGCCAUCACCUCACGCAUCAAGAUCAUGGCCGGCAUGAACAUCGCCGAGCGCUACGUCCCCCAGGACGGACACAUCACGCUCCGCUUCGAGGGACGCAAGAUCGACAUCCGCGUCUCCACCGUGCCCACCAUCUACGGCGAGUCCGUCGUGAUGCGCGUGCUCGACAAAGAGUCCAUCUCACUCGAGCUCUCCUCCCUCGGCAUGCGCGAAUCCCACCGCGCCACCAUGCAGCGCCUCAUCGACCUCCCCCACGGCAUGGUCCUCGUCACCGGCCCGACGGGCUCCGGCAAAACCACAACCCUCUACGCCGCGCUCACCAAGCUCUACGACCCCGCCAAGAAGAUCAUCACCAUCGAAGACCCCGUCGAGUACGAGCUCAACGGCGUCAACCAGAUCCCCGUCAACCCCAAACGCGGCCUCCUCUUCGCCACCGGCCUCCGCUCCAUCCUCCGCCAGGACCCCGAC